GUCCCGCCCAUAUACGUCACCAGUUUUCCCGGAGAAGAAGCUGGCGUUGCGUCUUUCCGCACCAUUUUGCACCGGGAGGUCGUCGCUGUCGCAGUCAGACUUCUCACCGUCGCCUUGCAAGCUUUGUCUUCAGGGUUGGAGUCUCAGAGGGAAGAUGAGACAUUCAAAGAGAACUUACUGUCCUGACUGGGAUGAGAGAGAUUGGGAUUAUGGAACAUGGAGAAGCAGCAGCAGUCAUAAAAGAAAGAAGAGAUCACAUAGUGGUGUUCGUGAGCAUAAGCGCUGCAAAUACGAUCACUCCAAAACAACAGACAGCUAUUAUCUGGAAAGCAGAUCCAUAAAUGAGAAAGCUUAUCAUAGUCGACGCUACGUUGAUGAGUACAGGAAUGACUACAUGGGCUACGAGCCAGGGUAUCCCUAUGGAGAACCUGGAAGCAGAUACCAGAAUCAUAGCAGCAAGUCCUCUGGUAGAAGUGGAAGAAGCAGUUACAAAAGUAAACAUAGGGGUUACCACCACACUUCACGUCGACGUUCACAUGGGAAGAGUCACCGAAGGAAAAGAUCGAGGAGUGUAGAGGAUGAUGAGGAGGGUCACCUGAUCUGUCAGAGUGGAGACGUACUAAGUGCAAGAUAUGAAAUUGUUGAUACUUUAGGUGAAGGUGCUUUUGGAAAAGUGGUGGAGUGCAUCGAUCAUAAAGUGGGAGGUAGACGUGUAGCAGUAAAAAUAGUUAAAAGUGUGGAUAGAUACUGUGAAGCUGCUCAGUCGGAAAUACAAGUUUUGGAACACUUAAAUACAACAGACCCCCAUAGUAAUUUCCGUUGUGUCCAGAUGUUGGAAUGGUUUGAGCAUCGAGGUCACAUUUGCAUUGUGUUUGAACUUCUGGGUCUUAGUACUUAUGAUUUCAUUAAGGAAAACAGUUUUCUGCCGUUUCGAAUGGAUCAUAUCAGGAAGAUGGCAUAUCAAAUAUGCAAAUCUGUAAACUUUUUGCAUAGUCAUAAAUUGACUCAUACAGACUUGAAGCCUGAAAACAUCUUAUUUGUAAAAUCUGACUACACAGAGGCUUAUAAUCCCAAAAUGAAACGCGAUGAACGUACUAUAGUGAAUCCAGAUAUUAAAGUGGUGGACUUUGGAAGUGCAACAUAUGAUGAUGAACACCACAGCACAUUGGUAUCUACAAGACAUUACAGAGCACCUGAAGUUAUUUUAGCCCUAGGGUGGUCACAACCAUGUGAUGUCUGGAGUAUAGGAUGUAUUCUUAUUGAGUAUUAUCUUGGAUUUACAGUUUUUCCGACUCAUGAUAGCAGGGAACAUUUAGCAAUGAUGGAAAGGAUUCUUGGACCACUACCAAAGCACAUGAUACAGAAAACUAGGAAACGCAAAUAUUUCCAUCAUGAUCGAUUAGAUUGGGAUGAACACAGUUCUGCUGGCAGAUAUGUUUCUCGGCGCUGUAAACCUCUGAAGGAGUUUAUGCUAUCUCAGGAUGCCGAACAUGAGCUUCUCUUUGACCUCAUUGAGAAAAUGUUGGAGUAUGAUCCUGCCAAAAGAAUUACUCUCAAAGAAGCCCUAAAGCAUCCUUUCUUUAACCCACUUAAAAAAAAGCAUUCAUGAUUUAUAAACAUGGUGCUCUGAAAGAACUCUUACAGACUGUAUCAGUCUAGCUUUUAAGUUAUUUUGUAUAGAUUUGUAAAACAUUUGUUUUUUAGAUGCUUUAUUAAAGUACAUGGCCAAGCCAAAUAACAUCUUUCAGUAAUUAUAGAAUGAUUUAUUUGGAAUAAACUUUGUGCUCAUAUAUAAAAGUAUA